AUGGAAAUUCAUAGCAGUGAUUCUAAUGACAGAUCUGUGAUAGAGACAUUAGUUAAAGAAAAUUUGUCUUAUUUCCAAUAUUGGACUGAUGUUCAAUUAGAAGACAAAGCACUUUCAUGGAGGGGUACAGAUUUAAGACUUGUAAGUGGUAUACCCCCAAAUAAAUUGAGUAAUGAUGAUUCAGAAAUUCAAAGAGAAUAUAUUUUACCUGUAAACAUGACGCAACAUAAGGAGGAAUUCAUUACUCUGGAAUGUUUGGAUUUAGUAUUUGAAAAACUUUGUAAUAAGGAUACCAGGAGAAUUAUUCUUGGAAUUGUGAAUUCAGAUGGAACAAUAGUGUUUUACUCUAUUUACAAUGGUAUUCACAAACCAAAGAAAAACUGA